AUGACCACCCACGACACCACUUCCAGUAUUCCGGCCAAACGCGGCUCGUCCGCCCUCCAAAUGGGGCCUCGCAAAAGAGCCUCCCUAUCCGAUCCGCUCGUAUCCCACGGGCGCCACUUUGGUCGAACGGUGUUCGCGCUCUGCAACUAUCCUUCCUUGCUCACCAAUGGUAUAUUAAGACUGGAGCAAAUGGAAGAUACCCCGUUGGAAGACUUCUCUGCCGAAGAGCGGCGAGAACAUCGCGUUUUUGAGCAACUCUUGGACUCCUACCCCGGCCUUCUGGACCGAUUGAAGGAUGGAUCCGAUGAGGAAAUCCUUCACGUUGGGGAGCUGAUUGGUAAGGGAGCCGCAGGUGCCAGAGGCGACGACACAAAAACGUUGAAGUCUGCGGUGUUAGAUUGGAUUUCCCCGAAAGGAGAAGCGAUACAGCCUCCUUUACACAGAAACUCCAAAAUUGACCGCGGAUUCAACCACAAGCUCACUGGAUCUCUCCUCUGUCCUGCUGGGCUGGAUUGGAGUGAUCCUCAGAUUAAAGAGGAUCUUCGCAGUGGUGAAAUGUCGGUCUGUGGGGAUCAAUGGCCCAUAUUUUUGUAUGCCCACUAUGUUUAUGAUCAUGAGGACCCAUGGUCCGGUCUUCUUAGGAGCCGCUUGCUAGUAUGUGCCUACAAGCACGUUUUCACCUCUCCAAGCUCAGUCGACAGAGAGCCCAAAGCCACGCGAUCCGGCAAUGCUCGCCUCCACGGCAUGAAUUGUGUCACCAUGGCCUCCAUAGCCUAUAUCGCAACUCAGGUGCGAUUCGCCUUAAGCUCAUCUUCAGUGUUCUCGCGAACCGACACGACCACGGACUCUGAGACUUUCUACCAUAGCCUCCUUGACCUCUUAGAAGACCCUGAGGAAUCUAAGGAAGUUGACGAGCUGCUUACUUGGUGGAAUCGCCAAGUUUUUCCUACAUCCUCUGCUGCCAAGAGACCUAUCAGCGCCAACAGCGCCUUAUCCAAGAUACGACAAAAACGAAUGGCCCUCAGACAAGCUACAAACCUCCAUAAUAUCUCUUCGUAG